AUGACUCCGAAACGUAAUAAUGCGACCCAGAGCCGAUCUUCUUCUGCGGGUGAUACCGUACCCCACCCCGACAUCUGCCGUUCCUGCAUGGGCGACUUGGGCGGCGGCGCGAUGAACUCGCCGACUCCAUCCCGUCACCACACCGACAGAAGCGGCGGCGAUAUUAUCCGUCGAUCUGGCACCAGUGGCGCGGCGCCGUCGCGUCCUCGCACCGCUGAAUGCUGCAUCGAGAUCGGAACCAUGCGCACGACGCCAUCGUCAGCGGCGGAGAUCGGCGCGGCGGCGUCCCCCGGGCUUCCGCCACUGCUUUUCGAAGCCGCACCGCGCAACCCGCACGUCGCCGCUGGGGACGUCGUUCCGCGGAAGGCGCGCGAACUAACGGUGCCUGGUCUCGUGGUUCGGGAAGAAUCCCCCCGCGGAGGCGGCGCCGGUUUUGCGGCGGUGGUGACGGCUUCCGCCGCCGUGCGCAGCCCGAACGCGGAAGCUGUUCGGCGGAAAGCCGCGUCGUCGCUCGAGAUGGACGUGGAGUGGCGCGACGAAGCGCUGGCGACGGCUUCCGCCUCAGAGCCUGCGAUCCGCGGACGCCCGGCGGAAAGCGCAAGGGACAAGGAAGGCGGCGCAAGCGUGGUAGGCGGAAGCCGCAGCGUGAAGGAACGCGCAAACGGAAUCUCAGGCGGCGAAGGCGCAAAGGAUCAUCGGGAGUCAGUCGCGGCCGCAGCGGAAAGCAGCGCCGCCUCCGCGGAAAGCGGUUCCGCCGCCGGCGGAGGCGGUUACUCGUCUGACGACAGCAGCCUUGGCGGGGACGUUGCCGGCGGUUGCUUCCCCCUCUUGCGCUUCGGCCACCACGGCGGGAAAAAUGCCGCGGCGACCGCGCGCAAGAUACUUUCCGCCGCAGCCGGUUCCGCGGCCGCCACAGGUGUUCCGCCGCCUGCGCGCGGCGGACCUUCCGCCGACCACUUCCGCGUGCGUGGCGGCGGCCGCGCGCGGUCGCACUCGGACGAGAGAUCUCCUCGCGAGACGAGCCGCACUGGCGAUGACGUUCCCCGCCGCCGACGCGUCGUCCCCUCGCCGUCCGCGCGUGUAUAUCGAGGCUCCUCAGCAGCCUCAGCAGCAGCAAAACUCUUCUCCGCGCCAUCCGCCCCAUUCCCCCCAUCCGCCCCAUUCCCCCCAUCCCCAUUCCCCCCAUCCGCCUCAUUCCACCCAUCCCCAUUCCCCCCAUCCGCCCCAUACGCCGCAUCCGCCCGCGACGCCCUCGCCGCGCCAUGCGCCGUCCCCGCGGCCUGGGCUGACCCGUCAUGUCGCCUCGUCGCCUCGAUUGAACCAACUCCUCUUCUCCUCCUCUUCGCGUGCCUCCUCUGGUCCCCCUGGUCCCCCGCAUUCGCCGAGUCUCGGUCCGCAACAGAGCAAGCCACUUUCCCUUCCGCCACUCCCCCUUCCGCCACUCCCCCUUCCGCCACUCCCCCUUCCCCCACUUCCCCUUCCGCCACUCACCUUUCGGCCAUAACUCGUUCCAAAUCCGCCCCUGGGAGCGUACGCAGCUGUGCACCAAGCAAAACCCUUGCCACAUCCCCUUCCCCAACGUUUUCCCUCUCCCCUUCCCGCUCCCCUUCCCCCACCGCUCCCCCCUCCACCCUAGCCCCCCCGACCUCACCACGUGUUCCCCUGCCUUCCCCUCCCCCUCCGCCAAUCCGCCAACACAGGCCCUCCCCAACCAAUUUCCCCUGCCGCCCCCCUCCACUUACCACACACCAGACUCAAUCAGACCCUUCCACCUCUUCCCCCCAUACCCCCGCCUCCCCCUGCCAUUCCCCCACCUUCCCCUGCCAUUCCCCCACCUUCCCCUGCCUCAUCCCCACUGACCCUCCCCCCAAUCCCCCCCCCAUCUCCCCAUCCAAGCCCCCCCGCUUCCCCACGCGUUCCCCCAGAAUCUCCCCCUCUUCCUCCACCGGAGCCUCUUAUCCUGCUGACAAUCCAGGAUGGGAGAGGUUGGGGGAAGAGGGGGAGGUAGUGCUGCUACAGAGCCCAACCCUGAGGGAUGGAUUUGGCAGGGGAACGAGGGGCGGCUUCAACUUUCUUUCCGUGGAUUCUGAAAUUUCGGGGCAGCCUCAGGAAGGGAAAUUUCGGGAUCUGAGUGGAAACGAGAGUGGGAUAGAGGGGGUUGGCAGGGGUGGUGGUUGGGGGCGAAGGGAUUUGUAUGGAAAUGGGAGGGGGGAAGAGGGGGUUGGCAGGGGUGGUGGUGGGCGAAGAGAGGGACUUGUGCCCCGGGCCCACUCGUCGGUGUUCCGACCUCUUGAUCUCGUGAUUCCGGAGGAAAGCCCCAGCGGAGCCAGUUUUUCCACGGUGGCGCCGCCUUGCGCCGCCGUGCGCAGCCCGCACGCGGAAGUUGUUCGGCGGAAAGCCGCGCCGUCGCUCGAGAUGGACGCGCAGUGGCGCGACGAUGCGGCGGUGGCGGCUUCCGCGAAGUCUGCGCUCAGCGGAUGCUCAGCUGCAGGAGGCGCAAGCGUUAAGACAGGCGGAGGCGGCAAGAAAGGCGCGGGCGACAAGAAAGACGCACGCACAAUCUCGGGCGGCAAUGGUGCCAAGCUCAGUCACGGAAAGCAGCGCCGCAACCGCGGAAGCAGCGCCGUCGGGAAAUGCAACGCCGCCGGCAGUUACCGGUCUGACGACAGCAGCUCCGGCGUGGACGUCGGCGGGUGUUUCCGCCUCUUGCGCAGCCCGCGCGCGAAAAUCGCUACGUGUGCGCGGAAGACAAGCGCCGCGGGUUCCGCCACAGGUGCUCGACCGGGUUCCGCCACAGGUGUUCGAACGGGAUCCGCCACAGGUGCUUGA